CAUGUAUGGAGAACUGACCGACAAGAAGACCAUUGAGAAAGUCAGACAGACCUUUGACAACUACGAGUCAAACUGUUUCGAAGUUCUUCUGUACAAAAAAAACCGAACUCCGGUCUGGUUCUACAUGCAAAUAGCGCCGAUAAGAAACGAGCAUGAGAAAGUGGUCUUGUUCCUGUGUACGUUCAAGGAUAUCACACUGUUCAAACAGCCAAUAGAGGAUGACUCAACGAAAGGUUGGACAAAAUUUGCCCGAUUGACACGGGCUUUGACAAAUAGCCGAAGCGUUUUACAGCAGCUUACACCAAUGAAUAAAACAGAGACGGUCCACAAACAUUCACGACUAGCUGAAGUUCUUCAGCUGGGAUCAGACAUCCUUCCUCAGUAUAAACAAGAAGCGCCAAAGACGCCACCACACAUCAUUUUACACUAUUGUGCUUUUAAAACUACCUGGGAUUGGGUGAUUUUAAUUCUUACCUUCUACACCGCCAUCAUGGUUCCUUAUAACGUUUCCUUCAAAACAAAGCAGAACAAUAUAGCCUGGCUGGUGCUGGACAGUGUGGUGGACGUUAUUUUUCUGGUGGACAUCGUUUUAAAUUUUCACACAACUUUUGUGGGACCUGGUGGAGAGGUCAUUUCUGACCCAAAGCUCAUAAGGAUGAACUAUUUGAAAACGUGGUUUGUGAUCGAUCUGCUGUCUUGUUUACCUUAUGACAUCAUCAAUGCCUUUGAGAAUGUGGACGAGGGAAUCAGCAGUCUCUUCAGUUCUUUGAAGGUGGUGCGCCUCCUACGCCUGGGCCGUGUUGCUAGGAAACUGGACCAUUAUCUGGAGUAUGGAGCCGCCGUCCUUGUGCUCCUGGUGUGUGUAUUUGGAUUGGUUGCCCACUGGCUGGCUUGCAUCUGGUACAGCAUUGGCGACUAUGAGGUCAUUGAUGAAGUCACCAACACCAUUCAAAUAGACAGCUGGCUCUACCAGUUGGCCUUGAGCAUUGGGACUCCAUAUCGCUACAAUACCAGUGCAGGGAUCUGGGAAGGAGGACCCAGCAAGGACUCCCUGUACGUGUCCUCCCUCUACUUCACCAUGACGAGCCUUACAACCAUAGGAUUUGGAAACAUAGCUCCGACCACAGAUGUGGAGAAGAUGUUCUCAGUCGCCAUGAUGAUGGUUGGCUCUCUUCUUUAUGCAACUAUUUUUGGAAAUGUUACCACAAUUUUCCAGCAAAUGUAUGCCAACACCAACCGUUACCACGAGAUGCUGAAUAAUGUUCGAGAUUUCCUGAAAUUAUAUCAGGUCCCAAAAGGUCUUAGUGAACGAGUCAUGGAUUAUAUUGUCUCAACAUGGUCAAUGUCAAAAGGCAUCGACACGGAGAAGGUCCUCUCCAUCUGUCCCAAGGACAUGAGAGCCGACAUCUGUGUUCAUCUGAACAGGAAGGUUUUUAACGAACACCCUGCAUUCCGAUUGGCCAGCGAUGGGUGUCUGCGUGCCUUGGCAGUGGAGUUCCAAACCAUUCAUUGUGCUCCUGGGGACCUGAUUUACCAUGCUGGAGAAAGUGUGGAUGCCCUCUGCUUUGUGGUGUCGGGGUCCUUGGAAGUUAUCCAGGAUGACGAAGUGGUGGCUAUUUUAGGGAAAGGUGAUGUGUUUGGAGACAUCUUCUGGAAGGAAACCACGCUUGCUCAUGCUUGUGCCAAUGUCCGGGCUCUGACUUACUGUGACCUGCACAUCAUCAAGCGAGAAGCCUUGCUCAAGGUCCUGGACUUCUAUACAGCAUUUGCAAACUCAUUUUCAAGGAACCUCACUCUCACUUGCAAUCUAAGGAAGAGGAUCAUCUUCCGUAAAAUUAGUGAUGUGAAGAAAGAAGAGGAAGAGCGGCUACGGCAGAAGAAUGAGGUGACUCUCAGCAUCCCUGUGGACCACCCAGUUCGGAAGCUCUUCCAGAAGUUCAAGCAGCAGAAGGAACUGAGGAACCAGGGCUCAGUGCAGAGUGACCCUGAGAGGAGCCAGCUUCAGGUGGAGAGCCGCCCUCUGCAGAAUGGCGCCUCCAUCACAGGUACCAGUGUGGUCACCGUGUCCCAGAUUACCCCCAUCCAGACGUCUCUGGCCUACGUGAAAACCAGCGAAUCCCUUAAGCAGAACAACCGUGACGCCAUGGAACUGAAGCCCAACGGCGGUGGUGCUGAACAAAAAUGUCUCAAAGUCAACAGCCCCAUCAGAAUGAAGAACGGAAACGGGAAAGGGUGGCUGAGAUUGAAGAACAACAUGGGGACCCACGAGGAGAAAAAGGAAGACUGGAAUAAUGUCACCAAAGCUGAGUCGAUGGGGCUGUUGUCAGAGGACCCCAAAGGCAGUGAUUCAGAGAACAGUGUGACCAAGAACCCAUUAAGGAAAACAGACUCUUGUGACAGUGGGAUUACAAAAAGUGACCUUCGUUUGGAUAAAGCUGGUGAGGCCCGAAGUCCUCUAGAACACAGUCCUAUCCAGGCUGAUGCCAAGCAUCCUUUUUACCCCAUCCCUGAGCAGGCCUUACAAACCACACUGCAGGAAGUAAAACACGAACUCAAAGAGGACAUCCAGCUGCUGAGCUGCAGAAUGACUGCCCUGGAAAAGCAGGUGGCAGAAAUUUUAAAACUACUCUCAGAGAAAAGUAUACCCCAGACCUCCUCUCCAAAACCCCAAAUGCCACUCCAAGUACCUCCCCAAAUACCAUGUCAGGAUAUUUUUAGUGUCUCAAGGCCUGAGUCACCUGAAUCUGACAAAGAUGAAAUCAACUUUUAA